AUGCCGACCGUCCUGAUCGUCGGAGCCACUGGCAACAUCGGCACCUCGGCUAUCUACGCCGCUCUGCGCUCCAAACUCCACGUCCUCGCCAUCGUACGCAACCAGGCUUCGGCGGAGAAGCUGUUCGGCAAUGUAGGAACUCGCGAGGGCAUCACGACGGUAGAGGCGGACAUCAUGUCUGAUCGGGGAGUGAAGGAUGUAGUAGAGAAAGUACGCAAGGGGGAGUUGCCGGCAUUCCAGCAUGUUUAUUCUGCGGACGCCUAUCAGGCGACUAUCCCCUAUCUUCUCGAGCAGAACGACCCUACGAGCACCUGGACGCUCUGCACAGGCGCUAGCGGAGAUAAUGGGAGUCGCCCAGCAGCUAGUAUGACCCAGGGCGCGCUAUACUCCUUGGCGAACGUGGCAUGUAUCGACAACGCGGACACGAAUAUCCGCUUCAACGAGGUCUACCUCGGCUUGUUCGUGAUGGCAGGUACUGCAGCGGAGCAGUACGGGGUAAUGAAGGCGUCGGAGUUUGCUAUUAUAUACGAGAAGAUCUUGGCCCGCCCAGAUAUUAUAGGUUGCCGCGUGAAGGUGUGCCAGCCGGAGGAUUUGACGGAGUUGAGGUUCACGAAGAAGUUAGAGUAG